AUGACUACAGAAUCGCUAUUGAAUCAGUACCCGUCGCUACCUGGUAAUGGUGGAAGUAAUUCUGCUAUAAAUCGUGCGCUCAACGGUUCAUUUCUAUCACAUCAUCCACUGCAGUCCCAACAACAAUUACAACAACAGCAACAGCUGCAGCAACAACAACAACAACAGCAACAACAACAACAACAACAACAACAACAGCUGCAACAGCUGCAACGCCAUCAACUUGCAUUACAUCGUGGAUCUAAUUCUUCUAAUACGUCAUCGUCAAAUUCGGGUAACUCCUCACAAACAACUAGCUUUUUGAAAGUUUCUAAUCUUCCUGCAAAUAUAUCGCCCAGGGAAGCAGUGGCUAUCUUUUCACUUGUAUUAGAUGAUGUUGUUAACGUGGAAUUAAUUGACUAUACCAUUUUUGCAUAUUUCCGCAAUGUCUCAACAUGUCUUACAACGGGGAGACUUUUAGAAGGUAAAUUUAUCUUUGGAUCGGAAUACCCUCCCGUUAAAGUGGAGUAUGAUUCUAAUACAAUUAAUCAAGCCAGUAAUGCAUUUGCAUCUAUGCAAAUUUCCAAUAUGACAUCUGGCUCAUCAUUAUCUGGCAUACCUGGAAUUCCUUCCUCACAGACAUCGCAUUUAAAUCAAUCUGCAUCAUCUAUUCCGUCGUCGUCAGCAAACCCACAAAGUAACCAAAUUCCGCCUCCCCCAUCAUCACAAAUGGGAGGCUUACCACCUCAAGGAAGCCAACCUCCUCAUCAACUUGGCCCCCAGAUGCAACAAGUUCCUCCUCCACAUCCUGCUCAUCUUACGCAAGGUCAAAUGCAUUCAUUGAGUCAAUCUGGUCCUUCUCAAGAAUCAAAUAAUGAUUAUGAAAAUCUUAAACGUCAAUCAAUUUCCCAAAGAUCACGUUUUGUUUUCUCUGAACCUUUCCAAACUGCACCAACCUCAUCAUCAUCAGGAAUUUCACAACCUCCUCAAAGUGUUGCUGCUCUGGCUUCCAGUUCUAAUGGUGCUAUUCAGCCUCCACCGCAACAAUCUCUGGGAUCAAAUCCAGUUGGACAAUCGUCUCAACGUACAUCUUCAACUGGAAUCGAUCUCAAUGAUAUCACAGGGAAAUCAAUAUUAUUAAUGGAAUCUCAAAAUGAUGCUAAAGAAUAUGAGUCAUUAGUCAGAGAUCCUUGGGGAAAUCAAGUAAAUGGUCCAAAUACUCAAAAUCAGGCUCCUUCGGCUCCACCAACAAUGGCAACUACAUCAUCGAAUACGAAUUCUGGGUCAUUUGAUUGGAACUCUCAGGGUAAUACAGGUUCAAACGCACCCCCCGUGGACAGACGUCGUGCCAGUUCAGCCUUUUUCAGUAGCAACCCUACAUCGUUGCAUCCACGCGCUACAUCAUCUGCUUCUUCGAUGUUGGGUUCUCAGUUACCCUCAGCGGGAAACUCGAAUGGUUUGACAUCAGCAUCAGGUAAUCCUCCUGGAGCACUUCCUAAUCCAGGUACUGGGACUACCACACCAGUGGCCUCGCAACCUGUGUCAGCGAUAUCUAGUGGAUCACUUUUGAAUAAUAUUGGUGUCGUCAGUCAUUCUCUGAACAACAAUGAUGGAACAAAUGGUUUUGGUGUACCUUUAAAUACCCAAAUCGGACUCCCAAGAAGUGGCUCUCUAUCAACCCUGCCAUUGGAACAAACCAAGCAGUCACCUUCUGACCAGGUUUCAAAAUUGGAAAGCUCUCCACCUCAAUCUAUUCAACUGAUUACACAACAACAGGAACAAUCUCAACCAAAGCCUAGCCUUGCUUCAGUGAUAGCCAAUCCACCUCCUUCAAAGAGUUUAAGUUCAACAUCUGUUCAACCAACACCCGUUGCUUCUACUUCAAGUGCUUCGAAACCUAGUACAAGUACGAAGGAAGCAAUACCUGAUUUGAGUCUUCUAGCCAGGGUCCCACCUCCUGCUAAUCCUGCUGAUCAAAAUCCUCCAUGUAAUACACUUUAUGUUGGUAACUUACCACCAGAUGCAACAGAAGCAGAAUUGAGAACACUUUUCUCGCCUCAAAAGGGAUUCCGUCGUCUUUCCUUCCGUACAAAGUCCACUACAACAGGUAGUGGGGCUAGUCACAAUCAUGGUCCUAUGUGCUUUGUUGAAUUUGAAGACGUUGCACAUGCUACAAGGGCAUUAGCAGAAUUAUACGGACUGGCAUUACCAAGACCUGGAGGAAAUGGAGGUAAAGGUGGAAUUCGUUUACUGUUUUCCAAGAACCCAUUGGGAGUUCGUGGACCUGGUAAUAGUAGACGAAGCUCCAUGCAAACAGUUCCAAGCUCAGGAGGAGGAUCCAUGGGGGGGUAUCUGUAUCAAGGAUAUCAUAAACUGUGA